AUGCGAGCAGCAUUUACUCUGCAAGCUCGGAUUGCCAGGCACUUCCACAGCUCUGACUCCCCUUCUCGGGCCCCCCAGUGGAGCCACCGCCAGAAAGUUUUCACCGGCAAGCGUCGUCUUGUGCUCCGAGAACGCCUAAGCGCAGCCUUGCCAGUCGACUCUGCACCGUACAGGAAGCGCUCUGAAUGUUUCUGGGGCGAGAGACGAGGCAUUCAACCGCAUUUUGAAAGCAAGUGCCGCUUCGACUCUCCCGAAAAGGAGAUCAAGCACUGGAAGUCCAAAGUCGCCGACAUGCAAGAUGCCCUCCGAGAAACCGAGUCCAGCUUGCAAGACUUCAUGGAGAGCAGCAAAGAGCUCGAACAAGAGAUGGAAAAGGAGCUCUCCGCCUCCAACAAGACCAUCUCCGACCUCAAGCGCCGCAACGAACAGCUCACAGGUGACCUCGAAGAUUGGAAGUCCAAAUACUCGCGCGCCCUCUCCGAACACAACUCGACGCUCACCAAUCUCCAGAAGGAGCUCGGACAGUUCAAGGAGGCUGUCGACGUCUACAAGGCCAAGCUCCGCGAUACCGAACUCACAAAUGACGAGCUCGAGAACGCAGAACGCAUGGUCGCAUCGUCUCUGGCCGAUAUGGAGGGCAAGUACAACAAGACGAUCGAAAAGACGGCGUUGCUGGAAGAGGAGCUUAUCGAAAAGACACGGCUGGACGAGGAGAAUCAGCGUCUGAAGGAUGAGCUGCGCGAGAUGACGGAAGAGAUGACCAUCCUUCGCGAUAUGGUCACGCGCAGCAGAGCCGUCUCUCGCGCAGACACGAUGGCAAGCUCGACCUACGACGACUCCGUCGUUCCUCGCUCCGAUCAGAGCUUCGAUAGCUCACCGAGCAAGCCCAGCGUCGCAGCUCGGGUCGCAGAACGUCCAUCGUCGAGACAAGCCAUCGGCUCUCCCAGCAUCAACCGCGUACCCAUCUCGCGACGACUCGGUGCCAUGGGCCACAACCGCAGACUGAGCCGCGACGUCCGAGCCGCCGAGGCACCCUCCCUCGCCGCUGUGCAGGACGACAGCCCAGCUGCACCAACCUCUGCUGCACCCACACGCACAUCCACACUUUCACGAAGAGACACACUUGCAGGCACACCCUCCCACCACGGUCACUCAUCCAGCCACGGUCUCGCGUCCUCACCCUCGGCACGAGCUCAAGUCAGAGCCUCGGUGCGCGCUGCAGUUCGCUUGGGCGGUUCGGCUAUCCCAUCGACUCCGCGUUCCGGUAUCCCUUCCGUCAGCGGCAGCGGCGGUGCUGCUGGAUCGAAACGGAUGAUGGCCGAGAUGAUUUCCAAGAUGAAAGCGCUCGAGACGCGAAUCAACUCUGCCAAGGAUCUCUCACGUGUUGUCGGACCUGGCGACGAGAGCGCCAUCCCUCGUCCCAGCUCUCGCAUGGCAACAAUCGGCUCACCCAGCGCCAACGGUCACAACUCGUUCCACAUCCCCACAUCAACACCGCGUGCGCCUCGCGCGAGCAUGGACGGAAACCGAACCAUCGGUUCGUCGAUCCCUGUUCCCUCGCGCGUGCGAAGACCGAGCUCGAGGAUGUCGGAACGCGUUCAUGGACCACGAUCCAGCCAGCACCCUCCCACACGUAGCUCGCUACGCCGCAGCCCACGCCAGCGCGGCCAAACGAAGAAGCAGCAUGACCGGAUCGAGCAUGACACACUCCGCAUCCUACGGUUCGCUCGCCAAGGUGAGAUCCGGUUCUACGCUGCCGAGAUCCACAACGCCUUCUACGGUAGCUGCACCCAGGGUCACGCAGAGCAGCAUGUCGCAUGCCGACAUGUCCAUGAGCAAGAGGACGCCGUUGUCGACCAGGUUGGCAUCGUCGCACAGGAACGGAUCGAGCGCGAGGGGUAG